GCAGCCCAUUCAUUCUCUACCGAGUUGCCCUAAUUAACUCCACGGCUUUGCAGAUCCUACAUUAAAGGGUAAGUUACACGUUAAACAAUUCGAUCCAUUUUUAGACGGCGGACGACCUCAUGUGCGAACAUGAUUUUAUCCUAUAUAGUAUCCAAAAUCAUUGUGCUGAAGCGAACAUCAAAAAGUGUCUUGGUGAUGGGAAAAGGGGUAAAACCCCUGUGCUCACGGAAGUAUCUUUGGGAGUUUCACCUAAUGGAAAUGAAUAUAAACAUGAAUCAUGGAUUGACAAGUGGCGAGCAACCGAACUCUUCAAUUUUGCUUUGUUGAUGCGAAACCCGCAUGGGCUACAUCUGUACAGUACGGAGGGUUCCAUUUUGCGGACAGGGCAGCCCGUCAAGCUGAGUGGUAGCUUAAAGAGUGACCGAGAGGAAGAGAAAGCAUCAUGCUGGCGGUUUCGAGCAAGCCAUGGCAUCAGAGCAGAGACCCGCUAUGCGUAGACAAUGUGUGACAUGCAUUGCUAUGCUCCUCCAAGGCAGUUUGCAGUUUCCACUCAAUUGAACCCGAUGAUUCUAGUGAAUAUCAAUCUAUUAAUACUCCUGAACUAACGGUCCUCCUUUAUUGUCUCCGAGAUUGAUGAACUGCCUGCCAUAAAUCACAUAUGUCCACGUACAUACUUCCUCCGACAGAGAUAUGGAGAACGCUCAACUGGUCGAAGAUUUCUACGCGUGGGAGGGAAAUUGGAGAGCGGGAAAAGAAGAAGGGAGAGAGGAGAGGGGAGACGAAACCGAGGGAAGGAGGAAAAGAGGAGAAGAGGAGAAAAAGAAAAAAGAGAAAAAAAAGAGAGAAAGAGAGAGAAAGAAGUUUGGGGGGGGGGGGUUUAUAUGUUUUCCAUGCGGCUCUUAAUACCCAUUUCGUCUUCCCGCUACCUGCGAAGCCUGCCGGACAUCGUCUGUCUGAAUGAGGGUGCGGGGGUGCGGGCAUAGGAUAGCCAGGAGGAAAGAGCUCAUCCCACCUUGCGUGUUGCGCCCCGCCCUCUUUCCAUCCCCAUCGCACCACCCUAGGACCCCUGGACAUCGUUCGUCUGAUGGUACCACUUCCUCAUCCUGCAGCUCAUCUUGACUUCUAGCAUGCAUCCUUCCCUUUUCCUUAUCCCGCUUAUGCCUGGUCAGCCCUACCACCACCCCCACCAACCCUUCACCCCUCCCCCCCGCGCCGGGGUUUUCCCACUUAUUGGCACUAUUAGACCGCCAUAAGCAAGCGUACCACCAACAUUCGCUCCACCUUUCCCCGUGUGCAUUAUUUACAUCUCGCCCGCCCGCCCCUUCCUGUCAAGCGAACCAUCACUCUGACCUACCAUCAACCCGGGCUCUAUAGAUUCUUAUCACCAUUUUCCCUUCCACCUUCUAUUUUCCGCCUUUCCUAACGCGGGUGCAACCACCGCCAAUCUUGAAUUGAAGCGGCCAUCCCACAACACAACCAGCUCAGCGUGUAGCGUGGAUAUGUCAUGAGCGUCCCGAGUCGAUAUCUGCAAAACCUGAUGGACUCAGCCUCGUGCUUUCCGUCAACUUGGUCAUCGUCUCGCCUUUAUUCUGAAGCGGGAGGGGUUAUGCUUUUCCUUUCUCCUUGGCUUGUAGGUUAAAUGCGUUCGUUGUUCGUCGAGGGUGGAUGAGCGCUCCUGACUGUCGAGUGAAUGAAUAUUCAUUGUUGCAUAUAUUCCGCUGGAUUCUCGCGCUUAUCCUUACGGGGUUUCCUUUUGGUCUCAUGUUUUGUUCUCACGGCCAUCCUACAUAGGUACUGAGAUUCUCUUCGAAAACUACGAAUGAUCAGGCUGAUAGGAAAGACAUAUAUCAGGAAAUCUGGAGCAAAAUCUCAUGUAUAGUGACCGUAGCACCUUCUGGUUAUCCUUAACCAUUAUCGUUGUAAUGUCUUGUCAUCUAGUCUCUAGCAUGCUCUAUCUGUCGUCUACAUUUGUAAAAUGCACCUGUAUAAUUAUAUAUCAUAGAAGUAUAAGGAAAGGAAGAGCAUGCGAAUGUAAGCUAUAAUAUAUAUUGAAGCAAUUAACACUCAACUCGGGGUUGGAUAUUCUUCCCACCCACAUAAUUCCAUGGCGAACGUAAGAGAUGGAAAACAUAGGUGAAA